GAGGGGGGUUAAGUGGGUUAAGUUCGGAAUAGACGAGACCUGCUGCGAUGAAAAAUUUUAUUUUUAGUAUUCUAUAAAAAAUGGAAGGACCUGAGCUUGAAGUUGAAAUAAAAAGUGAAGAUGGGAGUCAUCUGGACGACAACGCGAGCACGCCGCUACGACAACUCGGCGAGAACGACGAUACGCCGCUUCGCACUGAUGUGAUUGCUUCCCCAGACCACCGCGUCUUCGGGGCCGGUGGCAGUGGGCAUGGAUGGGAAAGCGACAACGACGAUGUCGAGGUCCCCUCCAUUCCACGUACUCCACGAAGUGACCUUACAAUGCCAAAUAGUCCAACCAAUGCUGCCAACGCAGAGCCGGAGGCUCCAGUUGUCAAGGCAGAACCAGAAAAUGCUGAAUCCCUGGACGAUAUAUUGCGGGACAUUCCAAAAUUGGAGGAAUACGAACUUGGAGGCACCGCCAGCAACCCAGCUAUGGAUGGUAUUCCAAGUGUUUUUUGCAAAAGGGAGGAAAUGAACGACAUGGACUUGGAACCGCCCCAAGCGCCAGCUCCGAAGGUGGAAGAGCCAGACUGUACUGAUAGCAUAGAAGAACUUGAAGCGACCCGCCUAGCGCGUCAGAAGGAGUUGCAAGAGUUGGACGACAUGCAAGAGCUGAAGGAUAAGCAUAAGAAGAGAAAGCGAAAGCACAAGCGCAAGAGGGGUAAAUCUGGAAGCAACAGUUCGAUCGAUGAAAAUCAAAAGGAAAAUAAGCGCACCUCACGGGAAAGUAGACGAACAAGCGAAGAGCAUCAAAGGGACAAUAGACGCCAGCACGAGGACAGUACAAGGGACAAUAGACGCCAUCGUGAAGACAAUCUAAUGGACAGUAGACGUCAACACGAGGACAAUCAAAGGGAGAAGCGCCCACGCGACAAUAAUCAAGGCGACAAUAGACGCGAUCAUGAGACUAAACAAAGCGACAAUAGACGCGAUCAUGAGGAUAAACAAAGAGACAGUAAACGCCACCGCGACGAUCAUUACAGGGAUAAUAAACGCCCCCGCGAGGAUUAUCAAAUGGACAAUAGACGCCCACGCGAGGAUAAUCACAGUGAAGUCAGAGGUAGUCGUGAUCCCACGAUAAGAGUAACGGCCUCUUAUGGCCUGCCGCGCGUUGCCACAAUCAAACCGGAGCCGAUGCCCGCUGUGGGUGCAGAUUUUGACGAGGAGUGGAUCUAUGUUCGAGACGACGAGAGGCAGAUCAAGGUUGUGAAUCACGAGAAGUUGUUCCAGCAGGAACAGAGCGAGGCCGUUCCUGUGGCGGCGAAGCCUGCACCAGAAAAGCUGACAAAACGGGAGAAGUGCAACUUGGCCGUGAAUCGGGCCAUGAAGGUGCUCGAGCUGUUUGAGCAGAAGAGAACAAACGCCCAGGAAGAAGAGUUCCUUAUGGUGAAUACCAUACACAAAGUGCCCAAAAGCAGCUCCUUCAUGAGUCAAGAAGUCUUCGAGAAUCCCUCGCCGAUAUGCAACAACUACAAUGUGGUUUAUGAGUUCAAUUCGGCGCCGGGAACCAGGAUUGAUUUGGCUAAAUGGGGGCUAGAAACGGUGCCCAAUAGUACCAGGGAUUUGCUCCGGCUGCUGUCUUACGAUGUGGAUCAUCUGAAGCAGGCUCGGCUUAAGACACAGCCCAGCCAGCGCAUACUCAAACUGAAGCAGGAACAGCUCUUCAAUGCACCAUCCGAACCGGAGGAAUCCGACUCUGCGGCCCUCUACAUAAAUUCCUCGACCCAAACGGACCUCAGACUUCACACGCAAAGCGUUGGCACUCAGGCCCAGCUGCAGGGCCAGCUAAGAGGGGCCUUCUGGCAAAAUCCCGACUUUGACAUGACCUUUUUGACGACGGCCCAAACGAAUGUGAUGUUUGCACUGCAAGAGCUCAUCCGCAACACGCCAACACCCGAAAUGGCCAACAGACUCUACAAGGCGCUGCAACCUGCUCUGGAUGUCCAUCGCGAUGUUUAUUCACGCAAAUGACAAAAUUGUGCAUUGAUUCUCAUUUCAUUCUUUGUAUAAUUCGUAAUUCGUACAUAGAGAAACCAAAAAAUAUAUAUAACAUUGAAGUACUGUUUGUUGUUCUGUAUGUAUUCCAUAUGCAGAUUCUCUCACUAUUUUCUCCUACUUUCCCAUCGAUUUACAAUUAAUAAAUACAAUACACAUAAAUAAACACACAAAUAUAACAAGAA